AAGAGGUUUCGCCGAACAACUCUACCGUCACAGCCAAUAAAGCUCCGAAAAACAGACAAAGGGCCCGUUACUGCCAAACUUAAUAAAUCGUCAGAUGCAGAAGAGCGUGAAAUUAAACGUUUAGAAAAAAAAUUAGGAAUUAAAUCUGGUGGAAAAUUGACGAAAGCUUUUUCUGAAGAUGGACUAGAUAAUUUAUUAGAAGGACUUGAGAUCGGCUCUAAAAGAACGAGAUCAUCGAAAUUUUCGAAUGAUCCGAGUUCUGGGCAAGCAAAGGAUAAUUAUGAUAAUUUCGUAACAGAAGAACCAGAUCUUGAGGAUUGCAGUGCAAUAGAUGAAUCAAAUGAAUAUUAUAAAGACAGCAUUCGCGAAGUCGCUGUAGCCGUUGAAAUCAACGAGUCUAAUAAUGUUGCAGAUAAAUGUACGGAUGUUGAGCAUGUCAAAAAAGUUGAUUUAGACAAGUAUCUCCCGCCAUAUAUUCGUGAUAAAGCUGCAAACUUGUGCGCUUCAGAAGAUGAUAAAACUAAAUCAGAACAACAAAUACGAUUACAACGCCAACUGCAGGGAUUACUGAACAGUGAAUCUAAUAUCGAAAGUAUAAUUAUGAGCAUAACAGAAUUGUAUAACAAGAGCAUACGGCAUGAUGUGGUAUCGACACUUACAAAGCUCGUUUUGAAUAUGAUUUCAUCAAAGGCAAUGCUUCUAGAUCAGUUUGUAAUCUUGUAUGCCGCUUUUGCCGCCGCACUGUAUAAGACUAUAGGAGUAGAUUUUUGCGCAAAUUUCAUUCAAGCCCUUGUUGAAGAGUUUGAGGUUUUCCAUGGCCAAUUUAAUCAGUCAAUAGAUAUAAAAGACAUUGACGCCAAUGGUGGCAAAGAAUGCACAAAUUUAAUUGUUCUUAUUUCCGAACUUUAUAACUUUCGAGUUGUCUCAUGUAUAUUGAUUUAUGAUAUAAUUCGGUUAUUUAUCAUGGAUUUGACCGAUCUGAAUGUAGAAUUAUUGUUAAAAAUUGUUAAAAGAUAUCAACUUAAACAAGAUGAUCCCUCUGCUUUGAAGGAAAUUAUUCAACAAGUCCAGGUUGAAAUAAGUAAGAAAGAUCCGAAGAGUUUUGGGUCUCGUACAAAAUUCAUGAUUGAAACAAUCAUGAAUUUAAAAAAUAAUCGCCUAAAACAGCAGUCUUUAGUUGUAAAUACGGAAUGCAUAUUAAGAAUGAAGAAAUUCCUUGCAAAUAUAGGCAAGAGGAUUCAUGUUCAGACGACUGAAGCAUUGAGAGUUAGUCUUUAUGAUAUUAGAUCAAUUGACACUAAAGGCAAAUGGUGGCUUGUUGGUUCGUCAUGUACUGUUAAUAUGACUGAUAGUCAAUCCACAUCUCUAUCCCGACAUCCGGAAAGUAACUAUGUUUCUGAGGCUCUUUUAAACUUGGCUAAGCAACAAAAAAUGAAUACUGAUGUUCGAAGAAGUAUUUUUAUAGUUUUGAUGAGUAGUGAGGACUAUAUUGAUGCAUUCGAGAGACUGUUAAAACUUGGUUUAAAGGAAGUUCAAGCGCGAGAGAUCCCUCGAGAAAACACACCUAAUCCAUACUAUUCUCUAAUUGCUCAACGUCUUUGUGAUUAUGAUCACAGCUUUAAAGUAACUUUCAAAUACUGUCUGUGGGACUUUCUCAGAGAAUGUGGUGAAGGUGACAUUGGUGGAAUAGGUGAAACAAUGAACAACAUGCCUGAAAAUAAUUCAUCUGAAAAAAUUUCACUCAGGAGGAUUGUUAAUUUAGCAAAGCUUUUUGCCUGGUUAAUUACUGUCACUUUUACUAAAUUGCAGUCUCAAAGCUGCUUAUUUUUCCAACUCCUUUUUUCGAACAUUAUUUUAAUUCAAAAUGUUAAUAGACGUUAUCCUAAAUUACUCGCCAAAAUUUUUAUAAAUGUGGUCCAUAUUCCAAUGUUGGCGCAAGGAAUAAUGUUUUUUUUACACCAUUUUGUUAAAACGGGAGAUAUUUUAAAAGAGGAGGAGAAAGAAGUAGUUAAGUGGGGAUGUGAUGUUGUUAAAAAAGUGAUACAGACAAGCCUAAAUGCUGGAAAGAUUGUGCAAUGA